UGUGGUUCAGCACGUGGACAGUAUGCACGUGAUAAUAUAUGUAUGUAUGUUGUAUUGAAAAAUAGCUCGGAGCAAACUGUGCGUGUUGAUUUUUGUAGAAAAAUGGAUUUAAAACCAAGUGAUGGAUAUUUCGACUUGUGUAUAAACGUAACAAGUGAAAAUAUUGAUUGUUUAGAUGAUAUUCUGUCGAGGUUAUAUCAAAUGGGUUAUAGGACAGUGGCAUUAAAUCAAACUGUACAUGAAGACAGUUUUCUCGGUAAAUGUAAGAAGAAAAAGAUGCAAGGUGAUGAGAUGAUAAAACCUAUAUGGAAUGUGGUCCCAAAUCCAAUUGACGUGAGCAAAUUACAUGAAAAAUUCAACGGAACACUGUGUAUACUUAAUAGGAUAACUUUUAUAUGUUCAGACACUAAAAGAACCCAUACAAUGUCACAGUGUCCAAACUUGAGGAAAUAUCAUUUAUAUGUUAUUGUACCAACUAAACAAGAUAUGUUAGAAUAUGCGUGUUCUCAAUUAAAUGCAGAUAUUAUUUCAAUAAGACCCCAAAUCUCUAGCAUAAAACUGAAUCGAAAGUUAUAUCACUUUGCAACAAGAAGAGGUUUAUGUUUUGAAAUACAGUACGCAGACAUUUUGAAUCCAGGAACAUGUGUAGAAUCUAUUCAUUACUCUCAUCUAUUGCAUAUGUAUCGCAAGAGCGAGAAUGUGAUAAUAUCUAGUGGUGCUACCAAGAGCCAUUUAAUCAGGAGUCCCUACGACAUCAUAAAUCUUGGAUUUAUACUAGGUUUGAGUGAAAGUAAAUCAAAAGCCGCUAUAUUAGAUCAAUGUCAGCUUCUUCUUCUAAGAGCAAGAAGGCGAGUGCUUAACAAGGCGGUAUUUGUUGUGGAAUUUACAAAAGAUAAAACAAUGGAGGAAGACGAUUCAGAUUAGUAGCGAAAAAUAAAUUUAUGAAUUUAUAAUAUGAUAAAAUAUACAUUG